AAUACGUUAAUAGCGGGUAUUAUAAAGAUUAGUUUUAGCCUAAGUAGGGAAAUCGUCGCCCUAAGUAUAAUAAAAAUAAAAAUAUACUUCGGAACGAUAACUUUCUAUAUUUUACCCGUUAAUACCCUAUUUCUCUUAUAUUUAAAAAAUAUAGAUCGACUAAGUAUUAUAUUCGAUAAUAUAAAGAAUAGAAUCUCUAGUAAUAAGUACUUCGAAAUAGUUAAAUAA